GUAGGCCUAUCUGCUAAUCUUCAACCAUAUUUGUGGAGACCACUGUGGAUAGAAGUAAGGAUAUUUCCGUCAGGGAAUGAGAAUCAAACCUAUAUGUGCUCUUCAUUGCACUUUAUUAUUUUUAAAAAAAUAUAUAUAUACCGGUAUUUAUUAUUUUACAUUCUAUUUUUUUAUCAUUUUUUUACACUUUUGUUAAAUUGAUUUCAUCACAAACAGCAGAAGUGCUGGGUUGUUGAGGAGUGCGUUGCCUUUUUAACUUUACUGAAAUCAGACCUUCAUCAGUAGCCUUGUACAGACGAUUGAUCCGAUUGACGUGUUAUUAGAGCUAGGGGAGGUAACGCAGGCCGACUUUCUACUUCCUGUUCGCGGUAAACAGCACACCAGGAUACAACAACAACGUCUGUACAACGACUGCAAAAUGGCUGAGCUCACAGAAGAAAAGCGUAUGGAGAUGGAGGCGGAAAUGAACCGCUUUGAGCAGGAGAUUCUGGCCCCUGAUGAUGCACCACGCAUGAUAAUAGGAGCGAACACCUUCCAUAAAGUCCAAGCUGCUCUGAAAGCCCAGCAUCACCCAACAGGAAACACGGAGCAGGAAACCCCACCCCAGGCCAGGACAGCUGCUACCCAUCCUGUAACCCCAACGUUACUGCCUCCACCCCCGCCACCCCCAAUACUGACCAAGGACUCAACCAUAGCCCCACCACCACCACCACCUCCCUCCCAGCGACCAGCAUUUGUCCCUCCUCAGCUCAGACACAGGCCUCCUGCACCACCCCCCAGAUUCCCCCCGACCCCACCCAUGGGUAUGCCUCGAUCCUUGCACCCUGGCUCAGGCAAUGUAUUCCAACCCAACGGCCCGCCACCACCACCCGCUAUGUUCCCUAACAUGGGUGGUCUGCCACGGCCGGGCCCCAUGCCUCAGAUGGGCCCAGGUCAGGAUGUGGGGGGUGCACCACCCAUGGGCCCCCGUCCACCAAUGGGUUCCCGAUUACCUUUUGUCCCAGCCAUGGACCCUGGAUAUUACAACAGGUUUGGUGGCCCCAGCAAUAGGCCUCCUGGACUGUCAGGGCUACAAGAAACACACUCUGCUGUCAUCUCUAAACCCAAAGUGGUGUACACUGCGCCCCCUGUGAGAAAUGUGCCCAAGAGUCAGGGGGUUGGGUCUGGUGUCGAGCAGGGUAAGCGAGGGUCGGCUAGUGUGACAGUGGAGAAACCUGCGUCUGUGGACAAACCGGUCAUCAGUGAUCCUGACCCCUCCCCAGCACCCAUAGGCCCAGCCGGCGCUACUGGUGCCACUUCCAGCAGCCAGCCCCAGAUCCCAGCCAUGCCUGACUACAGCCUUCAGGACCUGAUGGAAAUGCCCAUGGAUGCAGAGCUCAUGCCUGGUCACCAGGUCAGCAGGAAGGAGAAGAAGGAGAAGAAGAGAAAGAUAGUACGGACGGCUGCGGGACAAUGCUGGGAGGACCAGACGCUGGGGGAGUGGGAAAAUGAUGACUUCAGGAUAUUUUGUGGAGAUCUAGGAAAUGAAGUGACUGAUGAUGUUUUGGCAAAAUCCUUCAGCCGGUAUGGAUCGUUCCUGCGAGCUAAAGUCGUACGUGACAAACGGACGAACAAAAGCAAAGGCUAUGGAUUUGUUAGCUUCAAGGAUCCCAAUGAUUUUGUGAGGGCUAUGAGAGAAAUGAACGGGAAAUAUGUGGGAAAUAGGCCAAUAAAGCUGAGGAAGAGCACAUGGAGAGAGCGUAACAUUGAUGUGGUCAGGAAGAAGGAAAAGGAGAAAAAGCUGCUGGGAUUCAGGUGAUGCUCUCAUGAUGGGGAAAGGUUCAUACAGCUGGUGACAGGAUUGGUGUCAUUCCGGGAAAUUAUCCAUACAGCUGGUGUCAGGAUUGGUGACAUUUUAGGGACAGUGUCCAUACAGCUGGUGCCAUGAUUGGUGUCAAUCCAGGGACAGUGUCCAUACAACUGGUAUCAGGAUUGGCUUCAUUCCAGAGAGGUGUCCAUACAGCUGGUAUCAGGUGUCAUUUUAGGGACAGUGUCCAUACAGCUGGUGCCAGGAUUGGUGUCAAUCCAGGGACAGUGUCCAUACAGCUGGUAUCGGGAUUGGUUUCAUUCCAGGGAAGUGUCCAUACAGCUGGUGCCACGAUUGGUGUCAUUGUAGGAACACUGUCCAUACAGCUGGUGCCAUGAUUGGUGUCAUUGUAGGAACACUGUCCAUGCAGCUGGUAUCAGGAUUGGUUUCAUUUUAGGGAAGUGUCCAUACAGCUGGUAUCAGGUGUCAUUCUAGGGACAGUGUCCAUACAGCUGGUGCCAGGAUUGGUGUCAAUCCAGGGACAGUGUCCAUACACCUGGGAUCAGGAUAGAUGUCAUUCCAGGGAAGUGUCCAUACAGCUGGUGCCACGAUUGGUGUCAUUGUAGGAACACUGUCCAUACAGCUGGUAUCAAGAUAGGUGUUAUUCCAGGGAUGUGUCCAUACACCUGGGAUCAGGACAGAUGUCAUUACAGGGACAUUGUCUAUACAGCUGGUGUCAGGAUUAGUUUCACACUUUUAAAGAGUCACACAGCUACAAGGGCUGACGCUGGCUGAGAGUACUCGUGGAACCUUCAAAUUUUAAAUGUGUUCACAUGACAACAGUUGGAGUGAAUCCUGUGGCAGAUGAGGUGUUAUCAACAUUAGUCAUGUAUGUGUCAUUGUAAUGUGAGAACACACAGAGAUUGGACUGUGAAACUAACGGAUGGAGUGUCCAGCUAACUGACAGGCUGUCCAGCUAACUGGCUGACUGUCCAGCUAAUAGAUGGAGCAUCCAGCUAACUGGCUGACUGUCCAGCUAAUAGAUGGAGCAUCCAGCUAACAGACGGAGCGUCCAGCUAACUGACCGAGCAUCCAGCUAACUGAUAGACUGUUCAGCUAACUGGCUGACUGCCCAGCUAACAGACAGAGGGUCCAGCUAUCUGACGGACUGUCCAAUUAACUGACAAACUGUUCAGCCAACUGGCAGACUAUCCAGCUAUCAGACAGGGCAAUCAGCUAACUGAUGGACUGCCCAGCUAACUGACAGAUUGUGCAGCUAACUGAUGGACUGUUCAGCUAACUGACAGAUUGUCCAGCUAACUGAUGGACUGUCCAGCUAACUGAUGGACUGUCCCGCUAACUGACAGAUUGUCCAGCUAACUGAUGGAUUGUCCAGCUAACUGAUGGACUGUCCAGCUAACUGAUGGACUGUCCAGCUAACUGACAGAUUGUGCAGCUAACUGAUGGACUGUCCAGCUAACUGAUGGACUGUCCAGCUAACUGAUGGACUGUCCAGCUAACAGAUGGACUCAUAUGAACACCAAUAUAGAUGCCUUGUGUUGUGGCUGGUUGAAGUACGUGUAUAUGUAUUUUCUAUGUUAUAAGUGUUUCCCUCGUAAUAUUUGAACUCCUUACAAUGUUCGUGUAUAACCCUUAUCCACCCAUGUUCUUAAAAAUGAAGUUUUAAUUUUCACUUAAUGUAGGCUGAAUCUGAGCUUUGAGCCGUGGAGUAUGUCCUCACAUAACACCUCAGAGGGAUGUUUGAUAACUUGGAGUGUGUCCUCACAUAACACCUCAGAGGGAUGGUUGAUAA